AUGGCUUCUUCGACAUCGUCAGUCCUACCACCAUUGUCGUCUUCUCUCUGGAAAAAUCCAAAUUUUUCUGAACUUUUAAUUGUAAGGCCCACCAAAAGACCUACCAGAAGAUCUCGAGCUCUGACAACGGCAGCGUCGCCGCAAAUCGAUGUGCCCUCAACUUCUCAGAGACCCACAAAGUUGGUGACGUUUCUUGGGAAAGGUGGUUCUGGAAAGACCACCUCAGCCAUCUUCGCCGCCCAUCAUUAUGCAAUGGCCGGGCUUAAGACCUGCUUAGUGAUACAUUCUCAAGACCCUACAGCUGAAUAUCUUCUGAACUGUAGGAUUGGAACGUCCCCUAUCACAUGCAGCAGCAACCUGUCAGUGGUUCGGUUGGAAACUACCCAAAUGCUUCUUGAACCUCUCAAUCGACUGAAGCAAGCAGAUGCUCGUCUGAAUAUGACCCAGGGGGUUCUUGAAGGGGUGGUGGGAGAAGAGCUUGGUGUGCUUCCUGGGAUGGAUUCCAUAUUUUCCAUCUUAGCACUUGAGAGGCUUGUAGGAUUCUUUGGGAAUGUGACUCAGAGAAAAAACCAAAAAGACAAAUUUGACAUAGUUAUAUAUGAUGGUCUGAACACUGAAGAAACAAUACGGAUGAUAGGUGCAAACAGCAAAGCAAGGUUGUACUUGAAAUAUCUACGGAAAUUGGCUGAAAGGACUGAUUUAGGGAGAUUAGCUGGUCCUUCUCUCUUGAGACUUGUAGAUGAAGCGAUGAGCUUAACUGGUAGGGGGUCCCAUCUCAAUGGGAAAAUGAGUGCAGAAAUAUGGGACUAUUUGGAACAAACUCUGGAGAGAGGAUCUUCUGUCUUGGCAGAACCACACAGGUUUGGCUGUUACGUUGUGAUGGACCCAAACAGUCCUACCUCUUUGAGUUCUGCAUUACGUUACUGGGGUUGUGCAAUCCAAGCUGGUGCACAGGUUUCUGGAGCAUUUUGUGUCACAUCAAAUUCUUUUGCAGAAUCAUUAGAGGAAGUCAAGAAGAAUUUUUCACCAUUGCCCUUUGCUUCCAUACCACAUAUCUCAAUGCAUACCCCUCCAGACUGGAAUGAGAUCAUACUGAACAAUUUAUUUCAAGGUGCUCAAGAUCUUCUUACUUUCUCAACAGGCGACAACAGCAGUAUCCCAUGUACAGUUAUGUUUGAUCCAGCAAAUAAAUCAGUGACCCUUCUCAUGCCAGGUUUUGACAAGUCGGAAAUCAAGCUAUAUCAAUACAGGGGAGGAUCUGAGUUGUUGGUGGAAGCUGGGGAUCAAAGACGCGUCAUUUGUCUGCCAUCUCAAAUUCAAGGGAAGGUUGGAGGUGCCAAGUUUAUAGACAGAUGUCUUGUGAUCACAAUGCGAUAA